UUUUCCUCCAUCCUUAAUGAUACGAUAAGCACGAACCAGCUUCAUGAAACGUACGUUUCGCAAUCAUAUGCGCCACUGCACCCAAAACCCGCCCUGCGUGUAAAUUACCACCAGAAUUGAAUUGAAGACAACGCUGCAUCCUCACAGCGUUCAUCUUUCUUCAAAAGCUAAAACCUCCUGAAUUUUCAAUCUCAAAACCCUAGAUUCCGAGCUCUAUAAAGUUAGGUAACAAUUGUCAGAAUUACAUGUCAGUGAUCCAAUUUAAUGGUUUUAAGAUCAUGUGCUGUUCUUGAUACAAAUUACUGCAAUUAGGGUUCCUAAAAAAACUCAUUUGCUCGCUGCUAAAGUAAUUCUCAAUAUUAAAUGGCGAUAAUUGGCGACGCGCUGCGGCAAGCAUUCAUGCCAAAGCACGAGUACGAGAGCCUGCGAGAGGAGGACAGAGCAUGGGUUAAACUUCAAAGACCGUUAUUGAUUUCGUCUGUGACGCUGGUUUGCGUCGUAGUUUUUGUAUGUGCCGUUGUGAGCUUGAAAAUUGUGUUUCCUAGCGACAAUGGAGAGAGGCCGUUUUGUGGAGACUUAAGGCUACAACCGUUAACAGUUAAUGCCAAAGGCGGAGGGGAUUCGGAUCUGUUUCCGGGGGCGUUUUAUCUGACAGAUCAAGAGACUGUUGAUUAUUACUGGAUGGUUGUCUUUAUUCCUUCCUUCAUUAUCUUGUUGGCUUCUGUUGCAUAUCUCGUGUCAGGAAUUAUUGUUGCAUACACUGCUCCAAGAAGACAUGGAUGCUUAAAGGUGGUUGAAAACAAUUAUUGUGCUUCAAAAAGAGGUGGUGUUCGAUGUCUAUCCAUAAUAAAUGCUGUCUUUGCCAUUACCUUUGGUCUGCUUGCAUUGUUUCUUGGCUCAAGCCUCUUGACAUUAGGUAGCAGCUGCUCUGUACCUCUGUUUUGGUGCUAUGAGAUUGCAUCUUGGGGCCUGGUCGUUUUAUAUGCAGGAACUGCCUUCUUUCUGAGAAGAAAAGCAGCUGUAGUUCUUGAUGAAGGCGAGUUUGGUGGUCGGAAUCUUGGCUUGGAAAUGUUGGAAGCAAACCCUCUGGAAAUCACACCAGAGGUUGAACAUCAUGUCAAUGAAGGUUUUAAGGCAUGGAUGGGAUCUUCUUUCUUAUCAUCUGAUGAAGAAGACGAACCUGACAGUUAUCAGGAAGUGUCGCCUCAAUUUGGUCAUACUGCUUCUAACAGGCUAAGACACUGAUAUUUAGUUAAGCAUCCUAAAGAACAAGUUCUCUUGGCAAAUUUAUACAAUUCCAGCAUCAGAAGAGGGCUUCUCAACCAGUUAAACAACAAAGAGGAGAGAACGCAAUUUCGAAUCACGUAAGCGUGAGCCUAGUGAUGGCCUGACUGAUACUGUAACAACAAUAACUGCUAAUUUUAAAGUUCCAAAACUGUAUCGGUUGAUUUCUUAGUUAUCUUCUCAGUUUGUGAAUAGUUUAUCAUAGCGUCCCCUAAACUGUAGGUUAUUGUGAAGUGAAGCUUUUGUACUUAAUUCUGAAAUUCACUGAUGACGGGUAAAGAUAUACUCUGUUUUUCUCAAGCUAAAUGGGAGUUAAAUCUGAAGGCAACCUGGAAUAUUUCUUCUGCCCUUUAA